UGGAACGAAUAGAGAUGCGAAUUAAUGGCUUGCAUGUGUCGUUUUGCGAGGUCAAACGACAGUAUCGCAUGUCAGGAUGGACGAUCUCGCACGGCGGCGUCCGGGUCGCAAAACAGUCAAGUACAGUCAUCUCUCCUCUUUCUUUGACGGUCUUCUUCUUCUAUCAUAUUUUUUGCUUUACACGCUAUAAGCUCAAGCUUGACUCGUCAUAAUUGCCUUGGUGUGGUGCAGUCACUUGUUUCGUUCACGGCCGAGUCAAUCUUUCGGACCUACUGUACCUCGAAGAAGAAGAACAUAUAAGCAGAGUUGCCCAGCAUGCCACAUCGCGAGAAGGACAUUGAUGGUGGAUCGCCAUCAUCAUUCGAUCGCGUAGAGACAGGCACAGCAUACGACGACCAACUUGUCUGCCCACCCCAUACGACGGAACGCAAGCUGGUGACAAAGAUCGACUUCCAUGUCGUGCCUUUCUUGUGUAUCCUUUACUUGCUCGCCUUCUUGGACAGAGUCAACAUCGCAAACGCCAAUGUCGCCGGCAUGUCGGAAGACCUUGGCCUCGAAGGCCACGAGUACAAUACAGCCCUUGUCAUCUUCUUCGUCCCCUACAUCAUAUUCGAGAUUCCUAGCAACAUAUUGCUCAAGAAGUUCAAGCCGCAUGUCUGGCUAUCUGGUUGCAUGUUCUUGUUUGGCCUCACUACGACAUUGCAGGGAGUGGUCACAAAUUAUUCCGGCUUGCUCGCGACUCGCUUUUUCCUGGGAGUGUUCGAGAGUGGCAUGUUUCCUGGUUGCUUCUACCUGCUAGGCACAUGGUACUUGAGAACGGAGGCACAAAGAAGAUAUAGUUUCUUCUUCUCGAGUACAACACUCGCCGGUGCUUUUGCUGGUCUCCUUGCCGCGGCCAUUGGAAAGAUGGAUGGAAUCGCAGGCUAUGAAGGUUGGAGGUGGAUCUUCAUCCUCGAAGGACUCCUUACAUGUGUCGUCAGCGCCGCCUUCUUCUUCGUUCUCCCGGAUUUUCCUGAAGACAGCAAGUGGCUUACCGAGGAAGAAAGAGCAUUCGUCACAAAUCGUCUCCGCAUCGAGCAAGGUGCAUCGGCUGUGGAUCGCAAGACCAGUGCCAAAGACGUUGUCAAUGUCUUCAAGGACUACAAGGUCUGGCUCGGUGGCUUCAUGUAUUUCGGCCUCAUCGUACCCGCAUACAGCUACGCCUACUUCUCGCCAGCAAUCAUCAAGGCCUAUGGCUACGGACAAAUCCAAACGCAACUGCACAGUGUACCUCCAUGGGCGGCUGCCUUUGCGUUCGCGAUGAUCCUCGCCUGGUUGUCUGAUAAGACGCGUCACCGCUUCGGAUACGCCGUCUUUGCAGUUUGCGUCGCCAUCGUCGGCUUCGCAAUCCUCAUCUCUGUACACGACAACCAGCCUCUACAAUACGCUGCACUCUUCCUUGUAGCUAUGGGCUGUUACUCUGCUAUGCCCAUCAUAGUUUGCUGGUUCAACAUGAACCUGGGAGGACACCAUCGCAGAAGUGUUGGUUCCGCGUACCAAGUCGCGUUUGGAAAUAUUGGUGGUAUCAUCGCCGUCUUCUCUUUCCUCAAGGGUGACGCACCAUUGUACACCAAAGGCUAUAGCAUUUGCAUUGCCUUCACGUGUUUAAGUGUUGUAAGCUGCAUUGCUUACUACCUCGCCUGCGUUACACAAAACAGACAAAGAGAAAAGACAGUCACGGAUGUCGGCUUGACAGAGUACGAAAAGACUGAGAUGGGGGACUUGAAUCCCGAGUACAGGUAUCUUGUCUAGAGAGCCCACGAUACACGAGGCAGGAAAAGUUGGUGGCACGUCUUUUAUGUUUAACGACUUAUUCCAAUCUAAUGAGUGUCAAAGUUCAAAAUAAAUAUUUCUACACAUUGG